AUGAGUUCAAAAAGUCGUACUGCUGGCCAUGGAAGAGUCGAAAGUGAUGGUGAAAUCAGCAAAAUCAUUGAUAUGUACGGGAGAGAUUCUGGUCAUACUUCUCGAAACACAGGGUCUAGUGAUAAGAUCGAUCCCAAGUCAUCUAGAAGACGUAAUGCGCCACCUGUGUCCGCAUCCACUAGUACGGCAUCGGAUGGUGAUAGAACAUCUAGAUCAAAGUCUAAGAAAGCGGAAUUGUCAAUGCAGUCUAAAGGACAAGCUCAAGAAUUUGAAGAUAAAUAUUUCCGCCCAAGUAGCUCUGUGAUCAGGUGUGAUGAUACAGAGCUCUCGUGA